ACUAGUCAAAUGAAGAUAGAGUUGAGACCGGAUGCUAUGGGUAUCUGUGUUUACACCGAAGGAGAUGUCUUGGAAGGACAUACGAUUGAGAUUAUUCUGAUGCCUAGCCAAGAUGUACCCAAAGGAGAAAGUCGUUACAGUUGCAAUGGACAAUGUAUCCGAACGAUUAAUACCAAUACCAAUACCAAUACCAAUAUCAAUCCAAAUACGAAUACUAAAGCCAAAUCCAAAUCCAAAUCCAAAUCCAAUAACAAUACCCUAUCUCGGCCACCACUCACAUUGGAAAUCCCACCCUUGCCGUUUCCACGGAAAGCACGAAAGUCAUUGGUUCAACCACCUGUAGAAUUACUACCAGUACCACCAUGGAAUACUCCAAGUGAAAAACCUUUGGCAGUUGAGCAAAGUAAACUUGAAGAGCCUGUACGAAGGAAUAGCUAUGUGAUCAUUCUGGGUGAUGAUCUCUCAUUUACCGGUCCACAACUUUCAGUCAUUGUGCUACUAAUGGCAGUGUGCUAUUAUAUGGGCAAGUUCUCUUGUCGUUGCUAAAAAUGUACUGGGCAGUACUUUUACUAUUGUUAAAUAUUUUAUUUAUUUUUGAAAAUAAUAAGCUUUUUAUUUU